GUAGGAGCUGUGGGUGGCGGACAGGGAUAGCCCAGCAGACGCUGGACAGAGGGAUUUUGAACCACGCCUUAUUCACCCAAUCACUAUUGUGUCCUCAUUCACUCCAGACAGACACAAACCGUCAGCUGUGAAGGAUUUCCCAUGGCGACAGACUUUCCCCGUACAUACUUUGCCAUUUCUCUUCUGUUGCUUCAAUUCCUGACUGCUUCACCUGCCACUCACGAUGACCUUGUAAUCAGUACUAGGCAUGGCAAAGUUCAAGGGAAGUUGCUCUCGGUGCCCGGUGGUGAUGUUAGAGCAUUUCUUGGAAUUCCAUAUGGAAAACCACCUCUAGGAAAACUGAGAUUCAGAGCGCCAGAGCCAGUAGAGAGAUGGGAAGGGGUGAGAGAUGCCACCACAUUUCCAAAGUCCUGCUACCAGUUGAGAGAUGCAGCCUUUCCAGGGUUCCAAGGUGCAGAGAUGUGGAACCCAAACACUCCUCUAAGUGAGGACUGUCUGUAUCUAAAUGUCUGGUCCCCACCUUUCAAUAAAACCCAGCCUCAGCAACUGGCUCCUGUCCUUGUCUGGAUCUAUGGAGGCGGGUUCGCUAUGGGAACGUCCUCUCUGGACAUUUAUGAUGGACGCUUCUUGAGUAAAUCUGAAGAUGUUGUUGUAGUGUCAAUGAACUACAGACUCGGUGCUUUCGGCUUCCUGUCUCUUCCUAACAACAAGAACAUCCGGGGCAAUGUGGGUCUGCUGGACCAGCGCUUAGCCCUGCAGUGGGUAGCCAAUAACAUUGCUGCUUUUAGGGGUGAUCCUUCAAAGGUGACUCUGUUUGGGGAGAGUGCUGGGUCAGGAUCCGUGGGCCUCCACCUGCUGUCCCCUGGGAGCCAUAAUCUUUUUCAUAGGGCUGUGAUGCAGAGUGGCUCUCCUAAUGCACCCUGGGGCACAAUGAGCCAAGCUGAGUCCUGGAACAGGGCCCUGAUGCUGGCAAGGACACUGGGGUGUCCCACAUCUCAUUCAGAUGAACUGGAAGCUUGUCUGCAGAAGGCUGAUCCUGAUGAAAUCACAAAGAAGCAACAUACUAUUCCCGUAGAGCCUUCACUCUUAGGCUUAUCCUUUGUCCCUGUUGUUGAUGGGGACUUCAUACCAGAUAAACCUGAAGUGCUGCUGAAUACCAGUAACCACGCAAAGAAAGAGGUGCUGCUCGGCUUAAACAAGGACGAAGGGACCUACUUCCUAGUUUAUGGAGUGCCUGGAUUUACCAAUACCGGUCAGAGUCUCAUCACCAGGAGUAACUUCCUGCAAGGAGUGGCCCUCACAAUGGUAGAUGCAAGUUCCGUCUCAAGAGAAGCGGCCAUUUUCCACUACACUGAUUGGACAGAUGAGAAUGACAAGACAAAAAACCGUGAUUUUCUGGGUAGUCUGGUUGGAGACCAUCUGUUCGUUUGUCCUGUGGUAGAGUUCGCUCAAAGGUACUCACAAAACGGCGGUAAGACUUUCCUAUAUUUAUUUGAACACCGGUCAUCAAUCAAUUCUUGGCCACAAUGGAUGGGUGUUAUGCACGGCUAUGAGAUUGAAUUUGUCUUUGGAAUGCCCCUGAAUGCAUCCCUGGGAUACACGAAGAAUGAAGUGAACAUGACUAAGAAGAUUAUGAAACACUGGGCCAACUUUGCCCGAACAGGGAAUCCAGGGAUUGAUGGAGCGGACUGGCCCAUAUUCACCCCUGAACACCAGGACUAUGUCACUCUGAGCUACAACCCUUCAGAACAAAAGACGAUGAUGAGAGCUCAAGAGUGUCAGCUCUGGAACAAAUUAAUACCAAAUAUACAGAAAGUCUCAGAUGAUCUCCUGUCUUGUGCACAUGCAAGUGGGACUGUACUCCGCUGCAAUUACAAAUUCUUCUUCAUUUUAUUGGUUACUGGUUACUGGUUUAUUGGUUUACUGCUUUACUAGAGUGAAGAGACCUGUCCUUCAUACAGUUUACACAAAAAAGAAUAAAACUUGGUCUUUACUACUUUUGUAAACCUUUAAUGUGAUCGCUGCAUAAUUUGUUUUUUCAAAUAAAUAGAUUUUUGCCAUAUUGAAUUCAGCGGAAGAUGUUUAUUAUACCACUGAACCAUUUUUACUAAGGCAUUAACAUGUAAGCAGUGCAUUAAUGUUGUAGUAGGUCUGGGUGGAUAACUUUAACAGCCUCUUAAUACUGUUGGUUAUAUUAUUUAUCUGAACGAUGCAUCAUAUUUUAGAAACUGAUCACGUUGUGCAUGUUAAAUCCUAAUUUGGAAAGCAACUAGUAACUAUACCUGUUAAAUUAAUGUAGUACAGUGUAAAGUACAAUAUUUGACAUUAUAAUGUAAUGGAGUAUAAGGUAGCAUAACAAAAGAAAUACUCAUGUGAAGUACAAAUACGUCAAAACUGUACUUAAGUACUUAGUUACUUUCCACCACUGAUUUAAUUUUACAAUGUGAUUUAGAUCAAGGAAUAAUCCAUUUAAUUAUGUUUUAUCAUAUGUAAUUACAGACCCUAAAGUUAAAUACAGUGCUGACAAAGAAAAAAAAAAAUCUUUUGCAGGUACUACUACUACACAAUGUACAACUACCAAAUAGUGGCUACUGCUGUGACAUGGGAAAUUUAUUUCUGAUCUCAUGUUCAGCUACCAUUUCACAUCAAAUGUGCGCAUAUAAAUGGUGUAAUGUAGACUGACCGAGAAGUUUGGGUGCACCAUUAUUGGAAAAAUUUGAAAUUAGAGUCAGUUGUGUUGUAUUUAAACAGUCCGAUUUUGCAACUUGACUCUCACAAAUUCAUUUUGAAGGAAGCGUUUAGUUUUUCAUGUCUAGUAGACUACAUCAUAAUCCUCACAAAAACAAUCAGGAAUGCUCUGGAUUUGUAUUAAUUAUUGCACUGACCAUUAAAUGCCAUGUAUUGAUCAUUACAGUAUUGGAUGUAAGGUUUGUUUAACCAUGAAGUUAUUUAAAACAAUAAAGUUAUUUGUAUGUA